AUGUCUAUCUUCGCCCCUGCACCGAAGCCCCCAAGCCUGCUGGGCUACCACCGCGUGUUAGCACCAUCCGCGGGUGUAAAGGUCUCGCCCCUAUGCCUCGGAACAAUGAACUUCGGCACUACCUGGAAGGAUUUCAUGGGUGAAUGUAGCAAGGAGCAGUCAUUUGCACUGCUCGAUGCUUUUUACAAACUGGGGGGCAAUUUCCUGGACACAGCAAAUAACUACCAACAGGAAGAAUCUGAGAUCUGGAUAGGAGAAUGGAUGAAAGAGCGCCGGAACCGUGAUCAGAUGGUAAUCGCAACCAAGUACACAACUGGCUUCCGUACCUCACAUCGCGACACCGAGCCGAUUCAGUCGAACUUUGUGGGAAAUUCCGUGAAGAGCAUGCGAAUCUCGGUCGAGCAAAGUCUAAAAAAGCUCCAGACGGAUUAUAUCGACCUCCUAUAUGUUCAUUGGUGGGACUUCACCUCAUCUGUCGCAGAGGUCAUGCAUGGUCUAAAUAACUUGGUCAACUCUGGCAAGGUGCUCUAUCUUGGGGUCUCCGAUACCCCGGCUUGGGUUGUUGUAAAGGCAAACGAAUACGCCCGAGUUCACGGGCUGCGGCCUUUCUCUGUGUACCAGGGCAAAUGGAAUGCCGGCUUCAGAGACAUUGAAAGGGAGAUCAUCCCUAUGUGUCGGGAUCAAGGAAUGGCAAUCGCACCAUGGGCACCGCUUGGCCAAGGCAAAUUCAAGUCUUCGGAGGCCCGUAGCGCUAACACGGACGGUAGUGGGCGAGCUUCUAACAUGAGUGAGGAUGAUAUCAAAGUAUCAGAUGCGUUGGAGAAAGUCGCUAAGCGAAAGAACACUACUCUGCAUGCAAUCGCACUGGCUUAUGUGAUGCAUAAGACGCCCUUUGUUUUCCCCAUUAUCGGUCAACGGAAGGUCGAGCAUCUCGAGGCGAACGUGGAGGCCUUGAGUGUGAGCUUGUCUGAAGAGGACCUCGCCGAAAUCGAUAGUGCAUCCUCGUUCGAUAUUGGGUUCCCAAUGAACUUCAUCUUCCGCGACAAUUACACCUCGAAUAACACCGCGGCUGAUGUCUGGUUGACCCGCGUGUCGGCUCAUAUUGAUGUGCCUCCUCAUCCUGCCCCUGUGCGGCCUCGUUACCUGGUAUAG